GCGCGCACCGUAUUCUUUUACUAUAUAUAAUGGGAGAUGUUAAACUAGGCAUCCGAUGCACUCGUUAAGCAUACUAAAAAUAGAAAUAAAACAUAAAAUUAAUAUUGAUAAAAAUAACUUUUUACACUUUUAAGCAUGAAUUUCAAGACAUAUUUUUCUUAUUUAUGUGUUUAACUAGUGCAUCCUCUAUUUAACAUUUUCAAUAUAUAUUAUUUGACCUGAGACAUGCAAUUCACAGAUUCUAAUCAUUCAGCAACCAAAAUGGCAGCAACACAACAAAUUAUUCCUCAUGUCGCACUUGGAACCCAAGGCUUUCAGGUUUCAAAAUUGGGAUUCGGUUGUAUGGGACUUAGUGGAGCUUACAAUGAUCCACUUCCUGAACAAGAUGCUAUUUCUGUAAUUAACUAUGCAUUCAAUAAAGGGAUCACUUUUUUUGACACUUCUGAUGUUUAUGGUACUAAUGGUUCUAAUGAAAUUUUACUUGGAAAGGCUUUAAAGCAAUUACCUAGAGAAAAAAUCCAGGUGGCUACAAAAUUUGGUAUAUCCAGAGGCCAAGGUUCUGGUUUCGCUGGUGUGACCUUCAAGGGUUCGCCGGAUUAUGUUCGUUCGAGCUGCGAAGCUAGCUUGAAACGUCUUGGUGUUGAAUACAUUGAUCUAUAUUAUCAGCACAGAGUGGAUAAAUCUGUGCCUAUUGAGGAUACAGUAGGUGAACUUAAGAAACUGGUGGAAGAGGGAAAAGUGAAGUAUAUUGGGCUAUCUGAAGCCAGCCCAGAUACAAUAAGGAGAGCACAUGCUGUUCAUCCAAUCACAGCUGUACAAAUAGAGUGGUCUCUCUGGACUCGCGACAUUGAGGACGAGAUAGUUCCACUAUGCAGAGAGCUCGGUAUUGGAAUUGUACCAUAUAGUCCUCUUGGUCGUGGUUUUUUUGGUGGCAGAGGAGUUCUGGAAAGUGUGUCGGCAGUUAGCUCCCUGAAUUCUCAUCCCCGCUUCCAAGCUGAGAACUUGGACAAGAACAAAAACAUAUAUGAUAGGAUUGAAAGUCUUGGCAAGAAGCAUGGGUGCACUCCUGCUCAGUUAGCAUUAGCAUGGGUACUCCAACAGGGCCAGGAUGUUGUGCCUAUUCCUGGAACAACUAAGAUUAAGAAUCUGGAUCAAAACCUUGGAGCCUUAGCAGUAAAACUAUCGGAAGAGGACCUGAAAGGAAUUUCUGCAGCGGUUCCUCUGGAUGAUGUAGCAGGUAGUAGAUACUACAAUGGAUUGGAUCACGCAUCCUGGAAGUUUGCUAACACGCCUCCAAAAGUUUGAAGGGUUUCAACUUGAAAGUAUAAAUCCAUUUUAGUAGAAGAAUGCACUGAGGCAUGAAUAAAGCGCAACAAGGUCGGUAGAAGCAAAUCUCAGAAAGCUACCAUCACACACUGCAGAUCUAGUUGCCUAUAAUGAUAAAACUUGAAUAUGAAUUACAAUGUUGAUAAUAUAGUCCUCUAGAUAGUUGCAUUUCUCUAUUUGUACUCGACUCAAUUAGGACCUGGUCGAUAAACAAAUCAAGACUGGUUGUUUACAUUUGUUCUGCUGUUUUGAUUCUAUAAAUAAGGAUUUUGUAUUUAA